AUGGGCUCUGUCGUGCACAGCUACUACAAUGGGGCCAACAGGCUGCAGGACCAGGCUGUGGAGUUCAAGGGUCGAACUCAGCUGUCUUUUCAAGAGAUCAGCCAGGGAGUGGUGUCCCUGUCUCUCCUCAAUGCCAGGCUCUCAGACAGUGGGGAAUACAGAUGCAUCAUAGUUGACAGUCACCAGGGAGCAACAGGGGAUGUUAUUCUCCAAGUUGCAGUUCUGUACACCCAGCCCCAGCUCACAGUCUUCUACCAGAGCAGGGAUGAAAUCAUUCUCCAGUGCAAAUCCAAGGGUGGAUACCCUGAGGCUGAAAUAACAUGGCAAGAGGUGAAUGGAAACCAGCUGAAAUAUUCAGAGCAAACAGCGCAUCUGAGGACCAGUGAGGGGACCUUCGAGGUGCAGAGCAACCUGUCAAUUAGAGUCCAGGAAAAUACUGGCCUGUGCUGUACUGUUACCCUCAAAGUCCUACAGUCACAUGCGAAAGUCUGUGAGAAGAUUUUAGUUCCUCAAGGAGACCAGAUUAAAAAGGAGGAGGAGGAAGUUCUCCUGCAGGCAGAGUCUGACAGAAAAGGGAAAUCACUUCAGGAAUUCCUAGAGCACCUGAAAAUGGAGAAAUACCAGGCCAAGAAGCUCACACUGAGCAAUGUACUAGAAAUUAACCCAGAAAUAUUAAGAGACGGUAAUUGUCAAGCGUUAGGAGAGAUCCCAUGGCAUUUUCUGAGGAAGGUCAUGGCUCUGAAUAUGAUGGCGAGAAGCACAAGGCUGGGACCCGCUGCACCAGAGGAUGAAGAAGAACAGGACACAGGGAACAAUGUUAUUCCUUUUGAGAAAAUAGACUCCAACGUGUGUGCAAACCCCCUGGAUGUUCUCUGCGCCGUUCUGUGCUGCUCAGACAGGUUCUUGCAGCGGGAGAUCCUGUUCAAAAUGUCGAUGUGCCAAUUUGCCCUCCCCCUGCUGCUCCCUGCUCUUGAUACCCCCAAGUGCAUGCUUAUGCUGUGGGCCAUGAGGGACAUCGUGAGGAAGUGGACACCUCAUAACCUGGCAGAGAGCCGGGGGUUCAGGGAGGAGAGCCUGGUGCUCACGUCAGUGCCAACUGUUUCCUUCGUGCGGCUGGGGAGAUGCAGCUUGUCCAAGUCCAAAAUCCUUAACAAGGUCCUCAGCCCCCCCCAGCAGCAGCACGAUUUCUUCAUCCAUCAGGACAUGGAGUCUGGGAACGUCCCUCGGGACAUCGCAGAGGGGUUGGUAGAGAUCUCCUGGUAUUUCCCCGGUGGGAGGGAGAGUUCGGAUCCUUUCCAGGAGCCCAUUGCAGUUAUUAACCUGCGAGGAGACAUUGAGUGCCACCGGCUGCAGUUCAGUUUCCUGGCAGAGGUCUCCUCAGCCGUGUUCAUAUUCGCUGACUGCAUCAGUGAGCGAGAGUAUGAACUACUAUCAUCACUCAAGGAAUCAACAAAAUAUUACUUCAUCCUCAACAACCAAUCUGGGAAUUCCAGUGAAACUCUGGGGUCCCUAAAUACAUUAACUUCCUUGCUGAAACUGAGCAAGUCACAACUACUGGUGAAAGAUAAGACCAGCAAUAAGGCAGAGUUUGUGAAGAGGCUGCAAUCUAUUAUAGGGAAUAUAUUGAGCUUUUCUCAUAAGCAAGUGAACAUGGAAGAUAUGGCUGUAAUAGCUCGUGAACUAGGAAUCCAGGUAGACGAGGAUUGUGAGGAAUGUCAACAUGCAAACGCGUGUAUUGAAGAAAUCACUGGAGAAAUAAAAGAUGUGGCUGAGUAUAAAAGAGAAAUGCUGAAACUCCAAGGAGACACAUGGAAAAAUUUGGCUAAAGUGGAAAAAGAACUUUGUCGAAUGAAAAAGCAGAUGGAUGUGCCACCUGAGAAAUAUAAAUCUCAGCUUCAGGAAAAAUUGUUGAAACUGCGUACAGAGCAGAAUAACUGUGACUUUUCUGAAGGUUUAAUUAAAUUCCUUGAUGGAACAGGGAAUCUACCUCAAAUGGAAAAACACUACUUCCUAAAAGGAAUUAAAUUUAGACUGGAUCACAUUACUAGGUGUAAUCUUUCUACACUUCGAAAUCUGUAUAAAGAGAAAUGUCAGGCAACAGAUAACCCACAACAGCUAGCAAAAGUAGAUCAAUUAUUUUCAGCCAGUUCCUUAGGGGUGGAGCAUUUCAUGCGGGAGUUGGGGCAGUUUUAUGAGGCUGAACAGUCAAUGUUUAAGGAAGGCAAAAUGACAGAAAGUGAAAGGAAAUACACCAAUCUCCCAGGCAUAGCCGCUGACCUUAUGCUAGAUGGGUUUCCUAUGGAGCUGAUCGAUGGAGACGCAUCCAACAUCCCACUGCAGUGGGUGACAGAUGUUCUGACAGAGCUCCAUGCCAAGCUGGGGGGAAGGUCCAAAAUGCUGGUUCUAACAGUUCUGGGCGUACAGAGCACUGGCAAAUCCACUCUCCUCAAUACCAUGUUCGGCCUGCAGUUUGCAGUGAGCAGUGGCCGAUGUACGCGAGGGGCCUUCAUGUCACUCAUUAAAGUUGCAGAGACUUUAAGGCCAGAACUUGGCUAUGACUUUAUUCUGGUGAUAGACACAGAAGGCUUGAAAGCCCCUGAACUGGCCAAACUUGAGGACAGCUAUGAACAUGACAAUAAGUUGGCCACACUGGUGGUUGGGUUAAGCGACAUAACGAUCGUUAACAUGGCCAUGGAGAAUGCCACUGAAAUGAAGGACAUUCUGCAAAUCGUGGUCCACGCCUUUCUCAGGAUGGAGGAAACAGGGCACAAACCCAACUGCCAGUUUGUGCAUCAGAACGUCAGUGACGUGUCUGCCCAUGAACAAAACAUGAGGGACAGGAAACAUCUCCUGGAACAUCUCAAUGAAAUGACCAAAGCUGCAGCGAGGAUGGAAAAACAACCCAAGGAACUGACAUUUUCUGAUAUCAUGGAUUAUAAUCUUGAAGAGCACAACUGGUACAUCCCUGGCCUCUGGCAUGGAGUCCCGCCCAUGGCUCCAGUGAACAUGGGAUACAGUGAGAGAGUUUCUAAGCUAAAGAAAUACUUGCUUCAAUAUACAAGAAGCCGGUCACCUAACAGAAACCUCAAGGACAUCCCCCAGUUUAUUGAGUGGGUGAAGAGCCUGUGGAAUGGUGUGAAACAUGAGAACUUCAUCUUCAGCUUCAGAAACAGCCUGGUAGCCGAGGCCUAUAACCAGCUGUGUCUGAGGUAUUCGGAGUGGGAGUGGGAGCUCCGCAAGGAGAUGCAUCUCUGGAUAUGUGACCAAGAAACUGCGAUUCAGAACCAGCUACCUAAUGAACUAAAUCUUAAUCAUUUAAAAUUGGAGACGCACAGUAAACUGCUGUGUGGGGAAAAGAGGAUUUUAGAGUGUUUAGAAAAAUAUUUUGAAAGUGGAGUUAAAAACUUGCACCUGAUAGAAAAGUACAGAGAAGAUUUUAUCAAAAGCACAAAAGGCCUGAAGAAUGAACUGGAAUGUUAUUUAUUUAGCAAGUGUGAGGAAGCAAUUGUUAUUCAAAAAGGCAGGCACAAAAUAGACAACAUCCAGGCGAAGUACAGGAAAACAAUAGAAGGAAAGGUUGUGAGCCUUCUGGAAGACUGUAGAAAUAGAAACAGUAGAUUAAGCAAUAUGGAUCUUGAAACAGAAUUUGAAACAAUGUGGAGUAACACAUUGUUCAGUUUAGAUUUCAGCCCUUCAAAGCAACUUCAAAUUCAUCAAGAUAUGCAGAAACAACUGAAGCAGAGUAUGAGCACACGAGGAAGUGCAAUCAAUCAGAUGCUUCAGAAAGCUGGACCCUUGAUGAACUGUGGAAUUAAAUCUUUCACAAUAAGAAAGGAGCACUUUAACUUUUCACGGACCAAAGCCAGAGAUGAAUUGUUCAUUCAUAACUGUAGGACUAACACUGAAAAACUUGUGAUCUCUUUAAAGGACAAGUGCUGCAGUUAUGUUGAAGAAAAGGUUAAUUCCAAAGUAGACUAUGAUGAAACAUACUGCAGAGAACUGAUACAUAUAAUUGAUGAGAGAUUGAAAAAGGAAGAGGUGGAACAACUUUGCACUAGCUACAGUUUUGAAGUUGACCUGAAGCUUCACAUUUUGGGACAUGCAGCUCAUGCAUUCCAGAAAAUGCAUGAUGAUUUCAUCAAAGAAAAUGACCCUAUUCAACGUCUAGAGAAAUUUAAACCUCAGUAUUUCUCCAUAUUUAGAGAUCUUUACUUGGAAAAGGAUGCCAGCCAGCAGAGAGCUAGGGAUUUCUGUGAGCAGUGUCUCAAACCAGCCCUACUGGACUACGUUAAAAACAGACUUGGAAUCAAAAUAAUGGAUGACAUUCUUGGAAAUGGGCAGUCUAUUGAAUACAGCAGCAGGACUUUCUUCCAGUUUUAUUUGCUGAAGAAACUGCUAGAAGAGAUGGACUUUGACAACUAUGUAAAAUACAUUAAUAAUUAUGAAGAUUUUGUCAAGUCAGAGAUAUGGAAAGACAUUUUAUAUCACUACAAAAAGAAAGAAGAUUUAGAAGCAUUGGAAAAAGAAAUUCUCUCCAUAAUCAUAAAGAAAAUCACAGAGGUUCUUAAAAACUCAAGAGAUGAAAGAGAAAGUACAAUCUCUGACUUUGUAGCAAACUUCUGCAGGGAGUUACAGAGUGACUUAGUCAUCUGCAAGGACAGUUUGGAAAUGAUCCUCUUUCAAAACACAGCUAAUAUUAAGCAGUUUUCUGAAGACAUUGAAGUCUUUCUUUCUGUGCUGGAGCUGAACCUAUCAUCAGAAUUUAAAGCUGUGAACACAGAGAAGAAACUGUCAGUGCUUCAAAUCAAGCCCCAGGAUGAACUGUUCAGAAAAGUGUUUGGCUGUGGAAAGCAGUGUCCAUUCUGUAAAGUCCCCUGUGAAGCAGGAGGGAUGGCUCAUAAGGAGCACUUUGCAUCUAUACAUCGACCACAAGGACUGGCGAAAUUGAGGGAUCUGUCAACAGAAAGACUGGAGUAUUCUUUAUGCUCCUCUGAUGUUGUUUCCAAUGCUGAAUUCAGACAUCGAGAUGCAGAAGGGAAAUAUCAUCCUUAUAAAGAUUACCAUCGCUAUUACCCAGACUGGCGCAUUCAGCCAGAUUCCAGCAUUGAGGCUUCUGAUUACUGGAAGUUUGUGUUUAAGGAGUUCAAUCACCAGUUUGCUAGAAAAUAUAAGGCUAAACCAGCCGAUCUCCCAGAAAACUGGGGGAAAAUAACCAAGGAGCAGGCACUGGAGAGCAUGAAGGGAGUUUUUAACAUGAAGUAAAUUGCAAACUCCUCAGGACAGAGACUGUGCCAUCGUACAUGUUUGUACAGAACCAAGCACAAUGGAGUGUCAAGCAUCUCAGCACUACAGUCAUACAGCUAAUAAAUUAUAGUAAAUAAGAGAAAAAGUAUCAUUCUUGUAGAGACAUUGCCUUCUAACUAUUAUGCACGCAGAAAUGUCUGGUGGGUAAAAUUAAUGGUGGAGAAGUAUAUGAAGGAAUCAAUAAAUGACUUUUGCUGCUGAUUUAAUCCAGAGGAAUUUGAUAACCAGAAAAUAUGUUAUAUGUGCUUAUCUGCUAAUAAAUUAUUGUUUUCUGGGACUGGCAGAAAAGAAAGAUGAAGAUACCCGAGCUCUGGGACACCGUACUGAAGUGGUCCCAGCUGGGA